AUGUAUUUAAAAGAAUGUUUGUGGGGUGCUGCAAAAGCAAGCCAUUUAGCGUCUUUCAAGUACUGGAUGGCGAAGAUGGAAGCUGUUAGCCCAGCGGCAUAUGGAUGGUUGAAUGCCAAACCACUAGCUGAGUGGAAUAAGUCUCACUUUUCGGAUCAGUCAAAGUGCGAGAUGCUGCUUAACAACCCCUGUGAAUGCUUCAACAAAUUUAUUCUUGAGGAGAGAGAGAAAUCAAUACUUGCAAUGUUGAUAGGCAUUCAAACGAAGUUGAUGCAUAGAAUUCAAAUGAAGCGAGACAAACUCAGAAACUACAACAAAUCAAUAUGCCCUAAAAUCCAAAAGAUUCUGGAAAAGCAUGUUGAUGCAUCCCGUGAAUGCAUCUUGAGUUGGAAUGGGGCAAAUCAAUAUCAAGCGCAGUGUUCGGAUGGUGAAUAUGUAGUCGAUAUGGAGAAUCAAACUUGUGCUUGUCGAAGAUGGGACAUAUCUAGGAUUCCAUGUCCACACGCAAUUGCUUGCAUCUUCGACAAAGGACACGAGAUAAAAGAUUAUGUGUCUGGAUGGUUUACAGUGGAAACAUACAACACCAUUUAUGAACAUGUUAUGUCUCCUAUGAACGGACAAGUAUUGUGGCCUCAGAGUGACCAACCCCCUGUAUUGCCUCCACCUUGGUACACUGCUACAAAAGGCAGAAAACAAACAAAAAGAAUGAAGGGGCUUGAGAAGAAUGAACCCUCUCAAUCACAAUCACAAUCGCAGUCACAAUCACGAGUGUCAUUGAAGAAGAAGGGUGUUGUUUUUAUGACAUGCUCGACUUGUGGGGAGAAGGGGCAUAACAAACGGUUCUAUAAAGGGAAAGAUGCAACACAAACCGGGACAGCUGCACAUGAGCUUUCAUCGGCUGAGCUCGGUGGCUAUGGGCUGGGGAAGGCGACAUUCGUGGACAGCCACCGCCUCUCAUUUUCGGCUGGCGACGGGGAAGAGGGUUCCAGCCUUGGAGGAGUUGAGUUUGACAAAUUUGGGGUAUUGAAGGGGUGA